CCUCUGGUUGGACCGGGGAGCACCGGCUCUGGGCCUGGAGUACGGAGAGCGGCUGAGGACAGAAGGCAACACAGAGCGCAGGGACUAGCGGUGAGAGAAAUACAAAGACGUGGUAAUUCUAAGAUGUCCCAGCCUAAAAUCAUGUCCGGGCGUCCCACUGCCGCAUCAGGCCCAUCAAAGUCUGCCCGUGCCAAGGGAUUUAAAGACAUCCGUAUAGAUGAAGAAGUGAAAAUAGCUGUGAAUAUGGCACUGGAGAGGUUUCGCUAUAGUGAUCAGAAAGAAAUGGAGUUUCCUUCGUCGUUGACCAGCACUGAGAGAGCAUUUAUUCACCGCCUAGCCCAGUCACUUGGACUCGUAUCAAAAAGUAAAGGAAAAGGUACAAAUAGGUAUUUGACAUUAAAGAAAAAGGAUGGCUCUGAAGGGGCUAGGGUGAUGAUGUCAUGUAGUCUUACACACAGCACAAAGCUUGCUGUAAGGACCCUCAUGCAGAGGUUUCCCGUCACUAACAAGGAAAGGACAGAGCUGCUUCCUAAGACAGAACGCGGCGAUGUGUCUGCUGUAGAAGCUGAAAACCGUGAAAUGAGCAAAGCCAGCGGGCGCCUGAACAACGGCAUUCCACAGGUUCCUGUAAAACGUGGAGAGUCGGAGUUUGAUUCCUUCCGAAAUUCUCUGCCAGUUUUUGAAAAGCAGGAGGAGAUUGUCAGGAUCAUCAAGGAAAAUAAAGUGGUUUUGAUUGUAGGAGAAACGGGAUCAGGAAAGACCACACAGAUACCACAGUUCCUUCUUGAUGAUUGCUACAAAAAUUGCAUCCCAUGCCGCAUAUUCUGCACCCAGCCGAGACGGUUGGCUGCUAUUGCAGUAGCUGAAAGGGUAGCAGCUGAAAGAGGAGAGAAGAUUGGUCAGACUAUUGGCUACCAGAUCCGACUAGAGAGCCGUGUUUCUCCCAAGACGCUCCUUACCUUUUGCACUAAUGGGGUCCUCCUUCGCACUUUGAUGGCUGGUGACAGCACACUAUCUACUGUGACUCACGUUAUUGUGGAUGAAGUUCACGAGAGAGAUCGGUUUAGUGACUUCCUCCUGACCAAACUGAGAGAUGUGAUGCAGAAGCAGCCUUCUAUAAACCUGAUUCUUUCCAGUGCCGCAUUAGAUGUUAACUUGUUCCUCAGGUACUUUGGAGGAUGCCCUGUUAUAUACAUUCAAGGAAGACCCUUUGAAGUAAAAGAAAUGUUUUUAGAAGAUAUUUUACGCUCUACUGGUUACACCAAUAAAGAAAUGGGCAAAUACAAAAAAGAACAGCAGUGCGAGGAGAAGCAGAAGACGACCCUGACGGAGUGGUACGCUGCGAAGGAGAAUAGCGCAAAGUCAGAAAUUCACAGGCAAAGAAGUAUUCCUGACUUUGCUCAGGAGAAUGACUUGCUGGAUGAUGGGGGAGACACUGUAUUCAGUCAGCUGGCUGAAAAGGAUGUGAAUUGCCUGGAGCCCUGGCUGAUAAAAGAAAUGGAUGCAUGUCUGUCUGACAUCUGGCUGUGCCAAGAUAUAGAUGCUUUUGCUCAGCUCUUUCAUCUUAUAUUGACUGAAAAUGUCAGUGUUGACUACAGACACAGUGAAACAAGUGCAUCACCUUUAAUGGUGGCGGCGGGUAGAGGAUUUUUAAGUCAGGUAGAACAGCUGAUUAGCAUGGGGGCCAAUGUCCUCAGCAAGUCCUCCAACGGAUGGACGGCUUUAGAUUGGGCUAAACGCUUUGGACAGAAUGAAGUUGUUGAUCUGUUGGAGUCUUACAGCGCUUCCCUGGAUAUUGGAAAUCUGGAUGAAAGCUCUUUGGUGCAGACUGACAGCAAUAACCUCAGUGCGGAGGACAGGGAGCUCUUAAAGGCUUACCACCACAGCUUUGAUGAUGAAAAAGUGGAUCUUGAUCUAGUAACGCAUAUUCUUUUCAACAUCUGCCAGAGCAGUGACUCAGGGGCUAUAUUAAUAUUUCUUCCGGGGUAUGAUGAAAUUGUUGGACUGAGGGAUCGUAUCUUGUUUGAUGACAAGAGAUUUGCUGAUAAUACUCACAGAUAUCAAGUCUUUACAUUGCAUUCAAACAUGCAGACUUCAGACCAGAAGAAAGUUUUAAAGACGCCUCCAGCAGGCAUACGGAAAAUAAUUCUUUCAACAAACAUUGCAGAGACGAGUAUCACUAUCAACGAUGUGGUCUUUGUAAUCGACUCUGGAAAAGUGAAGGAGAAAUCCUUUGAUGCCUUAAAUCAUGUUUCCAUGCUUAAAAUGGUGUGGAUAUCAAAAGCCAGUGCUAUUCAAAGGAAAGGAAGGGCAGGACGCUGCAGACCCGGAGUCUGUUACCGCUUGUUCAGCAGGCUUCGCUUUCAGAAUAUGUUAGAGUUCCAGACCCCUGAGUUGCUGCGGAUGCCUCUUCAUGAGCUUUGCUUACACACAAAACUGCUGGCGCCAAUUAACUGUCCCAUUGCGGAUUUUCUGAUGAAGGCCCCAGAACCGCCACCAGCCUUAAUUGUACGAAAUGCUGUUCAGAUGUUGAAGACUAUAGAUGCCAUGGACACUUGGGAGGAUCUGACUGAGCUCGGUUAUCAUUUGGCUGAUUUGCCGGUUGAACCCCACCUUGGCAAGAUGGUCCUAUGUGCCGUAGUUUUGAAAUGCCUGGAUCCAAUUCUCACCAUAGCAUGUACGCUGGCACAUCGCGAUCCUUUUGUCCUACCUACUCAGGCAUCAGAGAAACGUGCAGCCAUGCUCUGCAGAAAGCGCUUCACUGCCGGGACAUUCAGUGAUCAUAUGGCUCUUCUCAGGGCAUUCCAGGCUUGGCAGAAGGCUCGGAGUGAUGGAUGGGAAAGAGCAUUUUGCGAGAAGAAUUUCCUUUCUCAGGCUACAAUGGAAACUAUCAUUGGAAUGAGAGCGCAGCUGCUUGGCCAACUCAGGGCUUCAGGUUUUGUUAGAGCUCGUGGUGGUGGAGAUAUCCGUGAUGUGAACACUAACUCAGAAAACUGGGCAGUGGUUAAAGCCGCCUUGGUGGCUGGCAUGUAUCCCAACCUGAUACAUGUGGAUAGGGAAAAUAUAGUGCUGACUGGGCCGAAAGAGAAGCGCGUCCGGUUCCACCCUACUUCUGUUUUAAGCCAGCCGCAGUACAAGAAGAUUCCCCCUGCCAAUGGCCAGGCUGCAGCUGUUCAGGCGCUGCCCACCGAUUGGCUGAUAUAUGACGAGAUGACCCGCGCUCACCGAAUUGCCAAUAUCAGGUGCUGCUCAGUGGUUUCUUCUGUCACAGCAGUCAUAUUCGCGGGACCUGCGCGACUGCCAAGCAGUGCCUUGCACGAGCCGACUGCCUUCCGAGCAGUGGAUAGUGCCCCCAAUGACAGUAGCGAUAGUGAAACCGAGGACAAGACUGCAACCACUCUGGCGACACUCAAGUUAGAUGAGUGGCUAAACUUCAAGCUGGACCCAGAGGCAGCUGGACUUUUACUUCAGCUUAGACAGAAAUGGCACAGUUUAUUUUUGAGACGAAUGCGUGCUCCAACCAAAACAUGGUCUCAAGUAGAUGAGGCUACCAUCAGGGCCAUCAUAGCUGUGCUGAGUACAGAAGAGCAAUCUGCAGGGUUACAACAACCUUCUGGAAUCGGCCAGAGACCAAGGCCAAUGUCUUCUGAGGAGCUUCCUCUAGCCUCCUCAUGGAGGACAAACAAUAGCCGGAAGACUUCUGCAGAAACAGAGGUGUCAGAAGAGCCUUUUGGCUCAGAAAGAACAACAUUGAAAACUCCAUCCUCAGCUUUCCAUCAGCAGGUAAAAUGCAAAGACAGAGGGAUUUUACAUGCAAAGCACUCAGAUGACAAAACAGACAAGUCCCCUGUGAAAUCAUCAGAAAACAGUGCGCAUCUCAGCCUCUGCGAGAGUCCAUCUCCCCCGUCUGCUAAGAGCUCCAAAUCUCCAUCGCCACGUCCGAGUAUGUCAGUGCGUUAUUUUAUAAUGAAGAGCAGCAACUUGCGAAACCUCGAGAUAUCCCAACAGAAAGGAAUAUGGUCCACAACCCCAAGUAACGAGCGCAAGCUGAACCGAGCCUUUUGGGAGAGCAAUAUAGUAUAUCUGGUGUUUUCCGUUCAAGGAUCAGGUCACUUUCAGGGCUUUGCAAGAAUGUAUUCUGAGAUUGGCCGUGAGAAAAGCCAAGAGUGGGGCUCGACCAGCCUCGGGGGAGUGUUUCGAGUGGAAUGGAUAAGAAAAGACAGUCUUCCAUUUCAGUAUGCACAUCACUUGCUCAACCCAUGGAACGACAAUAAAAAAGUACAGAUUAGCCGUGAUGGCCAGGAGUUGGAACCUCAGGUCGGAGAACAGUUGCUUCUACUUUGGGACAGAGUUCCUUUGGCAGACAAAAGUAUCACUUAUUGACAAAGCUUGAAGAUUAGCACUACAUAUGACUUCAUUUACCUUCUUGUGUGUCUUUUAAUGGAGACUCCGGACUUGCGGCUACGCAAAAACUCCUCUGAUUGGGACUUCCAUUUAAACACCUGUUUUUUGUCAUUUUAGAAUGCACUAUUUUGUUUACGAGCAAAACAAA